AUGAGACAAAAGAGAGCUAAAGCAUAUAAGAAGCAAAUGAAUGUAUAUCUCCAUGCAUUCAAAUUCAGAGAACCCUUUCAAUUAAUAGUAGACAAUGAAAUGGUCAUUAAUUGUGAUCAAGCAUCCUAUGAUAUCAUCAAAGGAUUCAACAGAACAAUCCAAGCAGAAUCAAAACCAAUGAUAACACAAUGUUGUAUACAAGCAUUAUAUGACACCAAGAAUCAACGAGCAAUAGAUACAGCCAAAACAUUUGAAAGAAGAAGAUGUAAUCAUCGAGAAGCAAUUGAUCCUCAUGAUUGUAUAGAAUCAAUUGUUAAUAUUAAGGGGGAGAAUAAACAUAGAUAUGUUGUCGCUACACAAAAUUUACCAUUACGUAAAAAAUUAAGAAAAAUUCCUGGGAUUCCUUUGAUUUUUAUGAAUCGAUCAGUAAUGGUAAUGGAACCAAUGUCGGAUGCAACUGCAGAGUAUUCGAGGAAAUAUGAAGAAAAGAAAUUAACCGGAGGUUUAAAUGAUGCCAAGAGAGCAGGAGUUAUUAAUAAGGAGGAAGAAAAACCUAAAGAAGACAAACAAACUGACGGUGGUGAACCACCAAAGAAAAAGAGAAAGGGUCCAAAAGGCCCCAACCCUUUAAGUGUCAAGAAGAAAAAGACUGGUCCAACCGAGCCAGUAAAGGAAGAAACCAAAAAGUCCAAUAGAAGAAGAAAACACAAGAAAGCGUCAGCUAAUGAUGAAGAAGCUCAAGAUACUCCAUCCACAGAUAAGAAUGAAGUGCGAGAGAAGGAAGCCUCCCAAGACGUUCAAGAACAUUCCGCUGAGCAGAGGACUGAGGCAGAUGACACACAAUAG